AUUAGAAAGUUGGAAUCGAGAGACUGAGAGAAAGCAAUAUGCGUGACGCAUGGGGCAUUUGGCCACAUAGUGGUAAAGUUAUACGUGCGCAUUAGGCUAUUCACACGACCAUCCUUGGAGCUUUGUUUUCAACUAAAGGAUUAUCUGUGGCUGGUGUACAUAUAUAGUGUGUACUACGACGUUUAUAUAGUGAGUAUUGCAGUUGUGGGUGUGCUGCAUGACACUCUAUUUAAACGAUAUUGAAAAUGGCAGCUGUUGCACGAUCAGCGAAAACAGUGAAAAAGCUCGAAAAACCUCGACCAUUGAAAAUAGCUAGCCAGAACAGAUACUCCACUGUAGAUGGAAAAAUAUCAUCAGUGGAGGAUAUAAUGACUCUUGCAGAGUCUGUAUGUUCUCAGUUAACAAAUGGAAACUGUGACCACCUAUUGCAGUUAAAUGUCGUUAAUCUAUGCGCUAACUUAAAGCAAUAUGGUCAGACACUGGAAGGCGUUUACAAAGAUCAGUUGGAUAGAUGUUUUGUAGCUUUCAGGAACGGCUGUAAAGAUGAGAAAGUUGACUAUGUGUCUAGAAUUCACCUGUUAGAAAUAAUAGAAUUAAGAGCAAGAAACUGGGUGUCCAGUGACGAUCUGAAUAAUUAUUAUCGUCCUAAACUGAGUGCUGUUGAACAGGAAGUGCUGCCAGUACCUGAUGCAACAGGACUCUCUCUUUCUCCAACAGCAUUAGCCCAAGCAGUCAUUACCCCAACUACACCUCAACCGUCAUUGUUGAAUCCAGGGGAAGUUAUAAAAGCCUCGGGGAAAUUUGCUAAACCAACAAAAAUACCAGGAAAGAAUUAUUGCAAAGAUGAGGUAGUUAUAAGGAACUCGGAUUCAGGAAAAGUGAUGGGCAUCAAAGGGCGCAGAGUCCACAUGAUAGAAGAGCUGAGUGAAACGAUCAUAUCAUUUCAGCGAGUUAAUCCUGGUGCAAAGGAGAGGCUGGUGCAGAUAACUGGUCCCAAUGAAGAAAAAAUAAAUUACGCAAAGCAUUUAAUAGAGGACACAAUAAGACGCAAUGCCUCACCAGUACGUCUCGAGCAUGAAAAAGAAAGGGUUGGUGAUUCAAGUAGCAGCUUAAAUAGUAGUGCAUCAGAUGAAAGCAAUAGACUUUCCACUCUUGGUGGAGGACGAAGUAAACUUUUACAUAGCUUCUCCACCAGUGAUGCAACUCUGGAAUAUAAGUACACGGUGACUGUUGAUGAUCAUACAAUCAAGAUAACUGGUGCAAAUUUGGAUCUAGUGCUGACUGCUAAACUUAUUUUGGACGAAUUCUUUUAUGGAGAACAAGAACGGCCACAGGUUUCAAAAGAAUGUGAUGAAGGUUCUGAAACAGAAGCAAGUGGUCCACAUGGAGACAUAGUUGAUGCAACUCCAGUAGGAAGCAGUAGAGUGGAUGGGAUUGAUAGUGGUGCAACAAGUGAGAGUGAGGAAACAUACAAAGCUCCUGCUUCCAGUGCAGCUAUGAAACUGGACUCCUCAAAUAAUGCAUUUGUAUCAGUGAAAGGAGACACUUCUGCUCAAAUGAAUGUGCUCAGGCACCGGAUGAUGGAAACUUGUGCUAAAGAAACAGAGCUGCCCAGCCGACUAGCAGACGUAGGACUUAAAAGUGGUACAACUUUUUCAUCCACUACAAACAAGCCAUUUUCAAGAGACAGUACCUCUGAUGACAUUAUCAUUAUAGAUCUCACUGAAGAUGGAGAUGAUACAGAUAUAGCAUCACCUGCAUCUCUAGUAACUAACAACUCGAGUGUUAUUCGUUCUCAGAAAGAGCCUUCGUACCUGUAUACACGUGAACAACUUCUGCGUUUUUCAUUAUCAAAGUGUGUAAAGAACUUGCCAGAUGAUUGGGAAAGGAUCUGCAGAGAAUAUCCAGCAAUAGUAACAAAGAAUGCUGAUAUGUUUGAUCCUGUGGCAUAUUCAAAGAAGUGGCAAGAAGUGGAAGUAGUCACUGCAGUCAUAAGCUCUACGGAAGUGGAUCCAGCAGAUGUUGAGUGACAGAUGAUGACUGAAUAUGUUCACAUAUUCUGUACUUCUUAUUUUUACAGUGCUUUUCUUUGUUUUGCUUGUAAAAUUCAUGAAUCUGAGACAAAAUUAGGAGAAUAAAUAUUAUUCACACCUCUCA